AUGAUUAAUCUUGAGCUUUGUGACAUGAUUAAUCAGGACAAGAUCAAUAGUGUUGAUUUGAUACGUGGGAUAAAGAAGCGGAUCAUGUUGAAGAGCCCUAGGGUUCAGUACUUGGCUUUGGUGUUGCUUGAGACUGUUUUUAAGAAUUGUGAGAAAGCAUUUUCGGAGGUUGCAGCCAAGAGGGUGCUUGAUGUGAUGGUGAAGCUGAUUGAUGAUCCUCAGACUGUUGUUAAUAAUCGGAACAAGGCUCUGAUGAUGAUGGAAGCAUGGGGGGAGUCUUCUAAUGAGCUCCGGUAUUUGCCUGUUUACGAAGAGACAUACAAGAGCUUGAAAUCAAGAGGUAUCAUAUUCCCAGGUCGUGAUAAUGAGAGUUUGGCUCCUAUAUUUACUCCUCCUCGUUCAGUCUCCGCUUCAGAAUCAAAUGUUAGUCUUGCCCAACAAAUUAAUCAUGAGAUUCCUGUGCAAACCUUUUCUGCUGAGCAAACAAAGGAAGCUUUUGACGUGGCAUGA